UCCUCCUCCUCCGCCGUAACCCCUCUGCUCCUCCUCCGCUUCUCCCCCGCACCAAAACCCUCCUCCCUCCCCUCUCCUCCUCCCUCUUCUUCUCCACCGCCACCACUGACUCAUCCGAGACCCCCACCUUCGGCGGCGGCGGCGGCGGCGGCGGAGGGGGUGUGGGUCGCGUAGCGCCAGUGAUCCCGGAGGACGCUGUGGAGCCCGUGAGCUAUCGCCACACGGACGCGUACGCGGCGAUCGAGCUCGCCCUCGAUUCGGUGGUGAAGGUGUUCACGGUGUCGAGUAGCCCUAACUACUUCCUACCGUGGCAGAACAAGUCUCAGAGGGAGAGCAUGGGCUCCGGAUUCGUACUACCUGGACGACGCAUUUUGACGAAUGCUCAUGUGGUGGCUGAUCACACAUUUGUUCUUGUAAGAAAGCAUGGCUCGCCUACCAAGUACAAGGCGGAAGUACAAGCUAUUGGCCAUGAAUGUGAUUUAGCUCUUUUGACUGUUGAAAGCGAGGAAUUUUGGGAUGGGAUGAACUUUUUGGAGCUUGGUGAUAUUCCUUUCUUGCAAGAAGCUGUUGCUGUGGUUGGGUACCCUCAAGGCGGAGACAACAUUUCUGUCACCAAAGGUGUAGUCUCUAGGGUGGAGCCUACACAGUAUGUUCAUGGCGCUACUCAGCUCAUGGCUAUACAAAUUGAUGCAGCCAUCAACCCAGGGAACAGUGGAGGGCCUGCGAUAAUGGGUGAUAAAGUGGCUGGAGUGGCUUUUCAAAAUCUUUCAGGUGCGGAAAAUAUAGGUUAUAUUAUACCAGUUCCAGUUAUAAAACAUUUCAUUGGUGGAGUGGAAGAGAAAGGCAAAUAUGUUGGAUUUUGUUCUCUAGGGUUGUCAUGCCAGCCUACUGAAAACAUUCAAUUAAGAGAGCACUUUAAUAUGCGCCCAGAUAUGACUGGUGUUCUCGUGAACAAAGUUAAUCCUCUUUCGGAUGCUCACAAAGUGUUGAAGAAAAAUGAUAUCGUUCUUGCCUUUGACGGUGUACCCAUAGCUAAUGAUGGAACUGUUCCAUUUCGAAACAGGGAGAGAAUUACUUUUGAUCAUCUUGUCUCUAUGAAGAAACCGGGAGAAACAGCUAUUAUCAAAGUGUUAAGAGAUGGAGUUGAGCACGAAUUUACCAUCUUGCUUCGACCUUUGCAACCUUUAGUUCCAGUGCAUCAGUUUGAUAAACUGCCGAGCUACUACAUAUUUGCUGGUCUAGUUUUUGUUCCAUUAACCCAGCCUUAUCUUCACGAAUAUGGAGAAGAUUGGUAUAACAGUUCUCCACGUCGAUUAUGUGAACGAGCAUUGAGAGAGCUGCCAAAAAAAGCUGGCGAACAACUUGUUAUCCUUUCUCAGGUUCUCAUGGAUGAUAUAAACGCAGGAUACGAGAGGCUAUCGGAGUUGCAGGUAAAGAAAGUGAAUGGCGUGGAGGUCGAGAAUCUAAAACAUCUAUGCGGGCUGGUGGAAAAUUGCGGCGAAGAGAGCUUGAGAUUCGAUUUGGACGACGAGAGAGUCAUCGUGUUGAACUACCAGAAUGCGCGAUUAGCGACCUCGCGCAUUCUGAGACGACAUAGGAUAUCCUCUGCAAUGUCCAGCGACCUAAUCGAAGAAUCCUCUGCGAUGUCGAGCGAUCUAAUCGAAGAACAGGCAACGAAUGGUAAAGUCGAAGCCGAGGUGGCUUGUUCCAGCUGA